GCAGUCGUCGGCAGCGUUUCAGGGACGGUGUCGGCAGGGGGGCGGCCGGCCUCUGCGUCGCCAGCUCCCAACGCCAACGUCGAUUGCGCCAAGACGGCCAGAAGCUCCGCGGAGAGCACCGCAUCAGUCAUACAGCAUGUUGGGCAGCCCGUCGCCACCUCUGCAAAACACAGCAAUAAGGUGGCCAAAUCCUGUGGCCAGGAAGCCAACUUCAAGGCUAGUGAGACCACUCUGGCCGCCAGCCCCAUCUUCCUGCCGCCCAACGAGGCGUUUCGCUCCCCGCCUCUGCCCUACCCCAGGAGUUACCUCCCGUACCCAGUGCCGGAGGGGAUAGCCAUCAGCCCUCUGUCCAUCCACGGCAAAGGACACGUGUAUCCGCACCCUGUCUUGCUGCCCAAUGGCAGCCUCUACCCUGGCCACCUGGCUCCCAAACCCGGCCUCCCCUACAGCCUGCCGGCGGGGCGGGGAGAGUUCAUGACUUACCAGGACGCCCUGGGAAUGGGGAUGGUGCACCCCAUGCUGCUGCAGCAUUCGGCUUUGGAGAUCAAUAAGGAGGAGAAGGUGGAGAGGAGGUCGCGUUCUCACGAGAGGGUCCGCUACGAGGACCCGGCUUUGCGGAACCGGUUGCCCGAGCUCUUGGAGAGCAGCGGGAAGAUGCAUUUCGAAGUACCCAGCGACAAGAGCGUGAAAUUGCACCAGAGCUCUGGCCACAGUAAAAACUCAGCCAAAAGUGACAAACACCUCUUCCCGGAUCUUCUGCGAGACGAGCAAGAGACUAAAAGCGAAGCAAACGCAACAAAAGCCAGCUUCGCUGUGGAAAGCAGUAAUCAGGCUAAUGACCCUACAAAGCACAAGGUAGAGCAGACGUCGCAGCACAGAGAUUUUAUUGUAAUGAGAGAGGAGUUUGGAAGAAAUAAUGAUCUUCACGAAACCUAUAAUUUCAAGCCAGCCCAGAGUUCAUCGGUGUUUGGCUUAAGGAAAGAAGAUUUAUCGGUGAGCCAGCCUAAAGAGAGAGUGACGGUCCAGCCUUCGCCUGCUUUCUUGGAAAGUGUUCACGAGAGCGAUGCUCCAGCUCUGGCUUUUGGCAAGGUGCAGGACGACACGAAGCCAUUCUGCAUGGGGACCGCGCCACCGAGCAUCGACGCCAGCCAGACCUAUACCAAAGAUGGAGCCGACGACGCAGAAUCUGCCGACGGCAAGAUACUGAAACCCAAGCCGUCUAAGUUGGCCAAGAGGAUCGCAAACUCCGCCGGUUACGUAGGUGAUCGAUUCAAGUGUGUGACGACCGAACUGUACGCAGACUCCAGCCAGCUCAGCCGGGAGCAGCGGGCGUUGCAGGGUCCAACGACCGCCGCGCUUUUUAUCGUUACUUCUCUGUUGCGAGUUGCAGUCAAGUAUUAA